CGGAUGACGGCGCUCUCUAAGGAUGCACCGACGUCAGCGAUAGAAGUAGAGUGAAGCUGUUGAAGAGGAUCGACGCCUGAGGACAUCUGAUCAUGCUGAGUGUAGUUCGUCACAUCAGCGCACCAUCUGCGGCCUUGCCGGCGCUGUCAUGCCUCUCCAGCCGCCUUGCGAGUCCCUGUGCUGCCCGCACGCAGCGGUUUGUCCGUCACUUUGGGCUGUGGUCCAAGGAAUUGGAGAAAGGACAUGUGUACAAGGUAAGAGAAGGCAGACAACGACCAGAUACACGUACGAGGGCAUCGUGGUGGUUGCUGUGCUGUGUGUUUCGUCCCAUCCAGGACGCCAAUGAGAUCAUCAACCAUGACCUGAUAUUCAAGCACCUGGAGGCCACCAAGGGCGCGGCGAAGGACAAGAACGUCAUCAAGGACAUCCUCGAACGCGCGAAGGAGCGAUCGUUUCUCAAGGUGAGCAUACAAGGUACAUCCACACGUGUGUGGUGUGGGAGCACAAACAAGGUUUGGUGUGUUAUGCUAUGCGUUCAGGAUGGUCCUGCGACUGGCGGCAGCGAGUACGUGCGGGGUUUGGAGCUCGACGAGUGUGCGACGCUGCUUAAUGUGAAUCCCGACGACACAGACAUCAUGGAGGAGAUAUACAACACAGCAUUCGACAUCAAGAACCGCAUAUACGGUGGGUGCGUAUGAGUAACUAAGGCGGAGAAACACGGGAAGGGAGGCCGCGUGGUGCUGUGUCGAUGCACCUAUCAGGCAAUCGCAUAGUGUUGUUUGCGCCUCUGUAUUUGGCCAACUACUGCGUCAAUGGGUGUGCGUACUGCGCCUUCCGGUCGUCCAACAAGGCCAUACAGAGAACCAAACUGAGCGACCAACAGGUCACCGAACAGGUACGGGACGUGAAUCGAAUCAAUGGAUGGAUAGAUAGCGCAGGCCCACACAACCACACAGACGGGACGGGCGCUCAAUGUGUGUGUGUGUGUGUGUGUGUGUGUGUGCAGGUGAGUAUAUUGGAGCGUCAGGGGCACCGCCGCAUUCUGGCGCUGACUGGCGAGCAUCCCGCUUACACGUUUGAGGACUUCCUGCACGCACUCAAACUCAUCACCGAAGUCAGAACGGAGCCAUGCGGCAGCAUCAGACGGUAUGCAAUGCAACGCACCCUCAUGUGUGCAGGCAUGCCAGUGCAUCCUGUGUUGUGUCUGGCUGUCUGUUUGUCUGUAUGUCUGCAGCAUCAAUGUGGAGAUUCCGUCUCUGUCGGUGUCCGACAUGAAGCGUCUCAAGGCAGCCGACUGUGUGGGGACGUACACGCUGUUCCAGGAGACCUACCACAAGCCCACCUUCCACACCAUGCACCCAUGGGGGCCCAAGAGCCACUACGAAAACAGAGUACUCACACACGACAGAGCCAUGAGAGGAGGUGAGCGAACGAGGGACCACACACACACACACACACACACACAAACAGAUGUGAAUGCGCACAUCUCUGUGUGUCUCAUGGUGUCACUCACUACAGGGCUUGACGAUGUGGGUAUCGGUGUGUUGUUCGGCCUGUAUGACUAUCGCUUCGAGUGCAUGGCCAUGCUCAUGCACUCCAACCACCUGGAAGAGGUACGUACUUCCACACACACGAGCAAACCAGCUAUGCGCACACACACAUAUAUGGGUGGGGUAUUGUGUGCGUGUGUGCAGGAGUAUCGUGCCGGCCCCCACACCAUCUCCGUGCCCCGCAUGCGCCCGGCAAUGGGCUCAGGCGUGGCGUCGGACCCGCCUUAUCCGGUCGAUGACGCCCACUUCAAGAAGCUGGUGGCCAUCCUCCGCAUCGCCGUCCCAUACACGGGCAUGAUCCUCUCGACACGCGAGGCGCCAGAAAUGAGAGGUGAGUGAGACGGGAGAUAACAUACGACAGCAUACCUGACGACGAGCAAUUGACUGUUUUGUGUGCUUGGUCGUGUUUGCGUGUGUGUCACUUUCAGCCCAUCUGUUGCGUGUGGGUAUGAGCCAGAUGUCUGCUGGUUCGUCCACCGAGGUGGGCGGGUACCACCGCCACGCCACCCAGCGGACAGACGAGUCGCUCGGCGAUCUCACCAUGCAAGCACUCCUGCCAGAGAAAUAUGGCAAGGCAGCAGCUGGUGACACGGCGAUGGAUCACGAGCACACGGACCCCAACCUGGGCGGGCAGUUCCAGCUGGAGGACACCAGAAGCAGCGAGGAGAUUGUUCACGACCUGCUCGAAUCGGGGUAGGGUUCGCAUGGGACGCAAAAUGACUGACACAAGAAUGGUCCAUGUUUGGCUGUGCGUCAGUUACGUGCCAUCGUGGUGCACGGCGUGCUACCGCAAGGGCCGCACAGGGGAGCACUUUAUGAAGAUAGCCAAGGCAGGCAACAUCCACAACUUCUGCCACCCCAACUCGCUCCUCACACUCCAGGUGAGGGCGUUCGAAUAUGCUCAUUCGACAGCAUCCACGUGUGCCCCAUAUUCUGUCUGGUGUCUCUGUUUUGUGCAGGAGUGGCUCAACGACUAUGCCAGCCCCGAGAUCAAGGAACUGGGCAACAAGGUGCGUCUGGAAUGCCUUGAGGGGGGCGGUUUUAGGUGUGCAUACAUAUGUUCACCUUUCCUUGUUGCCGCAGGUGAUAGCCCGCGAGAAGGAGAUCGACCUGUCAGACUCGGCCAAGCGGCUGCUGGACCGCAAGAUGGAGGCCGUCAACAAGGGACAGCACGACGUCUACAUAUGAUCCAUGCAUGAUACAUUAACGACACGACACAUUUCUGGCCUGGCUGCACCGCCCCCAUCCCUGCCUGCAUGCUGUGUACAUAGUCAGUCAGCCCUGCCUGCAUUGCACAUAUCGACUGACUGGCUAAUGUGCUGCCCGUUGUGUGUGCUGUGCACUGUGUGAAUACCUACCUAGUUGACUGGCUGGCCCAUUUUUCGUCUCGCCACACACGUCUGUCUCGCCACUCUUUUUCGCGCACACGAACACGAAAGGCCGUCUGGCCGAUCGAGCCGCGGGUGCUGGGAGGGAGGGAGGGAGCAUGGGGCACACGGGCAUCUGCCUGCUCGUGAGGGGCCUGCAGCUAGUCGACUGCGUGGGUGUGUGCAUGUAGUCAGGGUUUUCUUUGCAUGGGGGGCGUCGCGUCAGAGGGUGGGCCGUCGGGGGUGUAUGCUGGCACUGCAACAUGCAUUUCGCAUCUCCCUCUUACAGGUGUACAUGAAGGUGCCUUAAUUGUGCAUGUGUCUGUCGUGUGGAUGAUUGAUGUACAGUGAGAAUUCAGAGUGUGUUGGGCCGUAUUUUUCCUUCCCCUGUGUGUGCAGUGCACGUUGAUUGUUUGCAAUGAUCGACUGUGUGAUUGAUUCAUGGCUACCGCCACUUUGCAUUGCAUGGACCUUCUUGUCACUGACUACCCAUAACGCUCCCACACGCCCGCGCGUGAGUCGUCACUCUCCACCCCCCUCCCUAUACACAAAUCAAGUAUAUAACCCAUCCCUGUUCAAGCAGACAUUGCGCUACAGCCAC